GCCCAGCGACCGGACCGAUGCUCCCGCUGGCGGCAUAGACUGGACGCAGCCCGAUCUGCCCUCCUCCCAUCUCGAUUUCUCCUGAAUGCGGCACAGCAUGGGCCUGGCCCGAUCUGGCAUCCUCCCAUCCCAUCUCGAUUUCUACUGAACCUGGCUAACCUCACCCAUCCAAACCAAACAAAAACCUGGCUAACCUCACCAUCAAACCAAACAAGAAAAAAGGCUAUCCUUGUCCAGCUGGAUGGGGAUACCCGUAACCACCCUAGUCUAUCCAUCAAACCAAACGCACCCUAAGCGGCCAUGCCUGGGCUUGGAGGCGCAGUACGUGGGCUCGCACGGCACGGCCCGCUUACUAAUCGUGCCCCCAUAGGCCGUGUCGUGCCUGGCCUGAUUAGCAUGGGCCGGGCCGGCCCCUUUGGCCAGCUCUGCUUGAAGAUGCCCCCCUUUGGAUGCUCCGCAGCCGAAUAGGCAAACGAGCGCUCUGUACCCUGCUCUCCUAGGUUUUAGUGGAUUUUCAUGGCGGCGGCGCUGCGGACGCCGGCGAUUCGCAGUCGCCCCCUCGCCGCCUACACAUUUCUCCGGACCCGCAGCGGUUUCUCCACUAACCCACCACCCCCGCACACACCCGCCACUCUCAGCGCCGAGCUCCUCCGCCUUCUCUCCGCCGCCCCCGCUUGGACACACGACCUGGCCCGAGCCGUCUCCUCCACCCUCUCCGCUGCCCCUCCCCCCUCCCCCGAUGUUGUCCUCUCCGUCCUCCGCUCCCUACAGAACACCUCUCUCGCCGGUCCCUUCUUCCUCCUCGCCUCCUCUCCCCACUCACUGCCCCCCGAAGCGUAUAACGCCGUCCUCCCAUUCCUCUCCCACGACCUAGCGGCUCUCGACAAGGUCCUGGAAGAGAUGUCCCUCCUUGGCUACGGCCUUCCCAACCCGGCCUGCGCCACCCUCGUCGCCACCCUCGUCCGCUCCCGCCGCCUCGACGACGCCUUCCAUGCCAUUGGCACCAUGCGGCGGCUCAAGUUCAGGCCGGCGUUCUCUGCGUACACCGUGCUGAUUGGCGCUCUGUCUGAGGCGCGGCAGCCCGAGCGUGCGCUGGAACUGCUGCGGCAGAUGCAAGAGGUUGGGUAUGAGGUGGGCGUGCCUCUUUUCACGACGUUGGUGCGGACCCUGGCCCGCGAGGGAAGAGUGGAGGGCGCGUUGGUGCUUGUGGAUGAGGUGAAGGGGAGAUGCCUUGAGCCAGAUAUUGUGUUGUACAAUGUGUGUAUUGAUUGUUUUGGAAAGGCUGGGAAUGUGGACAUGGCCUGGAAGUUCUUUCAUGAGCUGAGAGCCCAGGGUCUGCAGCCAGAUGAUGUAUCAUACACAAGCAUGAUCUGGGUGCUUUGCAAGGCAGGGAGACUAGGUGAGGCAGAGGAGUUAUUUGGGCAGAUGGAGGUGGAAAGGGCUGUGCCUUGUGCUUAUGCAUAUAAUACUAUGAUCAUGGGAUAUGGGUCAGCUGACCGGUUUGAUGAUGCUUACAAGCUGCUUGAGCGGUUGAGGGAGAGGGGCUGUAUUCCAUCUGUCAUUUCAUUUAAUUCAAUUAUCACGUGCCUCGGGAAGAAGAGGAGGGUUGAUGAGGCACUGAGAUUGCUUGAUGUCAUGAAGAAGGAUGCUAAGCCAAAUACCUCGACGUAUAACAUCAUUAUUGAUAUGUUGUGCAUGGCUGGGAGGGUUAAUGAAGCAUAUAAGAUACGUGAUGAAAUGGAACUUGAUGGUCUGUAUCCAAACUUAAUGACGGUUAACAUAAUGGUGGAUAGGCUGUGCAAGGCAAAGCUGCUCGAUGAGGCCCAUACAAUAUUUGAAAGCGCGAGUCAGAGAGGUUGCAAUCCUGAUUCUGUGACGUACUGUUCCCUUAUGGAUGGCCUUGGAAAGAAGGGAAAGAUUGAUGAGGCCUAUAGGCUAUUCGAGAAAAUGUUGGAUGCAGGCCACAAUGGUAAUCCUGUGUUAUAUACUUCCUUGAUCAGGAAUUGCUUUCUGCAUGGAAGGAAAGAAGAUGGGCACAAGAUCUUCAAAGAGAUGAUCCGUCGAGGAUGCAAGCCUGAUCUCAUCCUACUUAACACAUAUAUGGAUUGUGUUUUCAAAGCAGGUGAGAUUGAAAAGGGAAGAACAAUUUUUGAGGACAUCAAGAGUUAUGGGUUUCUUCCUGAUGUUCGAAGCUACUCCAUUUUGAUUCAUGGUCUCACAAAAGCUGGUCAGGCUAGAGAAACGUCCAAUAUUUUUCACGCAAUGAGUCAGCAAGGUUUUGCACUUGAUGCUCGGGCUUACAAUGCUGUUAUUGAUGGGUUAUGCAAAUCUGGAAAGGUAGACAGGGCCUAUGAAGUUCUCGAGGAGAUGAAGCUAAAACAUAUCUCUCCAACGGUUGCUACAUAUGGAUCCAUUAUUGAUGGUCUGGCCAAGAUUGAUAGGUUAGAUGAGGCUUACAUGCUUUCUGAAGAAGCAAAAUCGAAAGGAAUAGAAUUGAAUAUUAUUUUGUAUAGUUCUCUCAUAGAUGGCUUUGGGAAGGCUGGCAGGAUAGAUGAAGCUUAUUUAAUUUUAGAAGAGAUGCUGAAGAAGGGUCUGAUUCCAAAUGCUUAUACAUGGAAUAGUCUCAUGGAUGCUUUAGUGAAAGCUGAAGAAAUCAACGAGGCCCUUAUUUGUUUCCAGUCAAUGAAGGAAAUGAAAUGUCCACCAAAUACCUAUACAUACAGCAUUCUUAUAAAUGGCCUUUGCCGGGUACAGAAGUACAACAAGGCUUUUGUGUUCUGGCAAGAAAUGCAGAAACAAGGUUUGAUCCCAAACGUUGUCACUUACACAACCAUGAUCUCCGGGCUUGCAAAGGGAGGGAACAUAACAGAUGCUUACAACCUAUUUGUGGGGUUCAAAACCAAUGGUGGAGUGCCUGACUCUACAUGUUUCAAUGCUCUCAUAGAGGGUAUGAGCAAUGCAAACAGAGCAAUGGAGGCGUAUCACAUAUUUGAAGAAACUCGUCUAAGGGCAUGUAGAGUCAAUGUGACGACAUGCAUCAGUCUUUUAGACGCUUUGAACAAGUUUGAAUGUCUCGAGCAAGCUGCGGUCGUUGGUGCAGUUCUGAGUGAGAUUUCCAAAUCCCAGCAUGCUUCUAGAUCCUUGUAAUAUUCAGGAUCUUGUAUUGUGACACUUGUUGUUGCAGAAUUUGCAUCUCUGCUGUGACUGAAUUGAUCUGGCUGUACAGUUUGUGCUUCUUGGUCACUUGAUAUGGGAGUUUUUAUGUGGCUUAUAGUAUAUUUUUUUAAAUGGCUGAAAUUGAAUGCAUGCCUGCUGUGCUGCUGUUUGGAGAGAAGACAUUCUUCUGCAGUUCCCUUGAUUCUGGGUGACCUACUGACCUUUGCUGGGAUUUUCCUGUGUUUGUUUGGCGGAGCAGCUGAUUAAUAGCUAUUCAGAGGAAGUAAUCGAUAGGUAGAGGCGUUGUGGUUCCUGUUUCUUCAGGAUGUUUGUGUUCCACUCUUCAUAUGUCCACUCUUCAUAUGUCCACUCUUCAUACGUGAGGUAGCCGGCGAUGGUUCCAUACUCGAGGGGUGGAGAUUGAGGUUGCGGUUGUCCAGCAAGGAGCAAGCCUAAGAGGCUUUUCUUUUGGGUGUGCAUUUCGGCUGGCUCACGAUGCCCCUUCGAAGAGGUUGGUUGCUUUCUACUCCCUCUGUUCCGAAAUAGUUGUCGCUGGAGGUUUCUAGUUCAACUUUCGCGUAGUACAGAAAUAUCCCCACUUUCCAAUUUUGCCCUCUGCGUCGUUCGCACUCGCUCGCUCACUUGCCCAGCCGCACGCACUCGCUCGUGCUCUCCCAAGCGCCCUCUCCCACGCUUCUCGCCGCUCGCCGGCCUUCCCCUUCUCGCCUGCCUCCCCUCUCCCCUUUGCUCGCCGGCCUCACCCUCCCCUCUCCCUCUCCCUUUCCACCGCCCCCUUUAUCUCCACCACUCCGCCUCCACUCACACCCCGGAGGUAAAAAAAUCAAUCUUUUGAGCCGGCGACGAGCUUCUACUCUGGAAUAUGCAAUGGAGGCGUGGAUGUGGAGCACCAGCGCUGGAUCUGGGCGACGGAGGCAUGGAUGUGGAGCGGCACCAGAGCGGCGGAUCUGGAGCAGCUCCGGAGCAGUGGAGCGGCGGAUCUGGAGCAGCGUCUUCGUCCUCACGGUGCCCACGUCGUCGUCUUCGCCGGAGUAGCUGCUUCCUCCCCUACCCAACGCCUGUCACUGACGACAAGUGCAAGAAGAAGGCCCUGAGGAUUAUUCACAAAGCAGAGAGGGAGAAGCAUAAGCGCGACCUGCUCAAUGAUCUCUUCAGUGAACUUGACGAAAUGCUAGUGUGAAAGAAAGAGAACUCGAUCCAAGGUGAUGGUGAUGGAAAUGAAUGAAAGAAAGAGAAGCUGGUAAGGAGUGCCUACCACAAAGAUGAGCAGAAGCAGGGGAGUUCGCUGGGAUGGAGGCGCUGGUGGCCUGGCCGUGGCCGUGGAGGAGGUGGGGGCGGAGGAGGAGUUGAGCGCUGGCCAGGGUCAGGCGGGGCAGAAGGUGAGCGCUGGCCUGGAGGAUCCCGGCGGAGAAGCAGGGGCGACGAGGGGCCUGGCGGAGGGGCAAAGAGGAGCGCUGGCCUGGAGGAGCCCGACGGAGGGGCGCGGAGGAGCACUGCCUCGUGGAUGGAGGAGGAAGACGGUUUGUUUUCAAACUAGGGGUAUUUCUGUACUUCUGUACGUUUUCACCUGGUUGGGGAGAACUCCCAGCGACAACUAUUUCGGAACGGAGGGAGUAUUAGGAAUUAAUUAGCACAUGUCUAUUGUUAAUUAGCACAUGCUAAUUAACAAACAGUCAUUAGCAAAGGGUGUGUCAGUCCAACCCCAAAAAGUCAUGUCCCUUCCCUCUAAGUCUCUAAUGCCAACAGGCACCUGUUCCGGAGGGAUGCCUCCGAACAGGCACCUCUUCUUCCCACCUCUUCCAGAUGUAUUUAUACUUGAGAAUCAAUAUAAACCAGUACUAGUUGUCCAUUCACUUUCA